AUGGCCCCCUAUGCUACAGAAUAUCUCUUCUGUUGGCUGCUCGCCACCGCAACCGUAGUGCAUGCAGAUGGUAUCCCUUGGACAAUGCCGUGGUCUGAUCAAAGCUACGGGCCAGAUGGCCCGUGGCACGCCGUGUCAGUUAAUUUGGGGUCCAACAAGCAGCCCAUUGAUCUCUACCCCAGCGACCGAUGGGCUAGUGUCAUUCUUAUUGACACUGUCUGCUCGGACGACUCAACUCCGUGUUAUGCAAGACGAGCUGGUCUCUUGGACAUUGAUGCAUCAACAUCUGCCGUCAUCUUAAACACACCGACCGACCCGAGUGAGAUACAAUGGCUGUCCGAUCAGAGCAGUGCUGGCGUGAACAAUUGGGGUGGUACAGGAUAUGUCAAAGAAGGGAUUCUCGCCGAUACGAUCACGCUGCAAAAUGGACAUAAGGUGCCAAACGUCUCUAUAGCAGCGAUCUACGACGCCUACCAAGAAUACCCAAAUGGAAAACGAUACCCUGUUUCGGUGGGGACCUUGUCGCUUGGGGCUACGAAGCCUACCCACGUGGUGGAUGGGAACAUAUUCAAUUUGCUAUCUGCUUGGGAGCAUUGGAACGAUUCUUCGUCUGAUCGUAUUCCAUCAUACUCAUGGGGGAUGCACAUUGGAUCUGUGGAACCUGACAUUCCAGGCUCGCUGAUCCUUGGCGGGGUUGAUGAUACGAGACAUCUCGGCAACCUCAGGAUUUCUCUCGAAGACAUCGGCAUAGGAGUUGCCACUGGGGACUCACCAUUUGACUUUGAAAAUAAAUCCGGGCUGUUCAAAUGGGGAAACAGCGUCAGCAGCAGGGCGAAAAGAGUGGAGAUCGAUCCUACACUUCCAUACCUCUACCUUCCUAAAGAAACAUGCGAUACACUGGCAGCCGAGCUCCCGGUUACAUUUAACGAAGAUCUGGGUCUAUAUUUCUGGAACACAGACGAAAGCUACGAGAAAAUGACAUCCUCCCUGGCAUAUAUAUCCUUCACAUUCGAGAAGGAUGCGACAAACACUCAAAAUAUCACUAUAAAAGUUCCUUUCCAACUUCUGAAGCUCACACUUCAAGAGCCACUAGUGGAACACAACACAACUUACUUCCCAUGCUAUCCCUCUGACUCCUUCGUGCUCGGCAGAGCUUUCCUCCAGGCUGCCUUCAUUGGCACAAACUGGCAAGAAGGCAUUGGAAGUGGCUACUGGUUUUUGGCACAAGCACCUGGGCCGGCGAUCGGAUCAGGUGUUCAGCAGAGCAUUGGGAUGGAUGACGAAACAAUCAAACCUUCAGCCAAUUCAUGGGAAGACAGCUGGAACGGAUAUUGGGAACCCCUUCCAUCGAAGACUUCCAACUCCAACUCCAACCCCAGUCUCUCAACUGAGGCAAAGACUGAAACCAGCUCUUCCAACUCGGGCCUUUCAACUGGAGCAAAGAUUGGCAUUGGCAUUGGAUGUGCUGCCGAUGGCUUGGUAUUGUUUGGGAUCCUUGCUUGUCUAAUCAUCUCUCGUCGAAGGCGAACAACAAAUUCGUAUCCAGAGACCAAAGAUGAAUAUAGCAUGGCACCGAGUCCUGCCGAAAAGGCGAACGCACUUCCAGUGACCGAAUUAUAUACUCGUUCAGACAAGGGAAUUCAGGAGGUACCAGGAUCUACUACGAUACGCCACGAACUUUCGUGA